AGUUGGUCUGCCAACUGCCAUAUCCACCUUUGGUCUUCAGUGCCACGGAAGACCAUCCAGUGAAAGGGUCUCCAUUUCAGUCUCCAGUGUCAAGAUCUUGACAACCCAUAUUAUAUCAUAAUGAGUAACCUUCAAGAUACUUCUGGACCAUGGGGAUCAGAAAUCUGCACAGAUGUUCCCAACCUGCCAGGGCCGUGUGGGAGACAUCUAAACCCAGAUGCACAGGAGCCAUUCAUCCCGAAGCCCAGAGACCAACCAAAAAGCCAGCAGCAUAGCGAUGCAGAGAAGGAAAGUGUUAACAAAAGAUGGCCUUUCAUAAGUCGAGUAUUCCACAGGGCCUCGGUGCUCCAUCAGGACCAAGUUUGCACAUCUCUGCCAGUCACCAAGAGAGGAAAACUCUUUGGAUAUGAUCUCACUGUUGUUUGUGAUGCUGGAAAUCUUCCUAAAGCAGUUCUGGAUAUGCUCUCUCUUCUCAAUGAAAAAGGACCAAUCACUGAAGGUAUCUUCAGGAUAUCAGCUAAUAUAUCAGCAUGCCAAGCACUAAAAGAAAAGUUGGAUUCUGGGAAAAAGGUGGACCUGCUGAAUAAGGAAUGUGUUCUCGUUGUGGCAUCUGUCUUAAAGGAGUUUCUUCAUAAUAUCCAAGGAAGUGUGCUGACAUCUAGACUGUAUGAAUUAUGGCUUGGUGUUCUUGACCAAGGGGACGAAGAGGAGAAACUAGCUGCAGUGCAGAGUCUUUUAGAGCACCUGCCCAACCCAAACGUCAUUCUCUUGAGAGAACUUUUCAGAAUGUUACACAACAUAGAACAAAAUUCUGCUGUUAAUCAGAUGACAGCUUAUAGUUUAUCUGUUUGCAUGGCCCCAUGUAUCCUAUGUCUGCCAAGUUCCUGCAACUUUGGAUUAGCGAGUGAUAUCUCCAAUGAGAUUUCCCUUGUAAAAUUUCUCAUUGAAAACACUCUGAAAAUAUUUGGGGAAGACAUGGUUUUAUGUUAUGAUGUGAGCUCAGUGUCUUGCCCUAGUGUGGAGAAAGCAUCAAGUUCCCUAAACUUUAUAACUUACUUUGGUGAGAUGAAGGAUAAGCACUGUCGAACUGGGAGGACGAGCUCUACAGGCAACGAUUCAGUACCCAUGAGUCCAGCUGCUCCUCUUCACAAUGAGUGGACUAUAGAUUAUGAGAAACCUGUCAAUAGACCUUUUAUGAAACCAAUGAUUACUUGUGGUUCUCCUACCAGCCAUGACAAUGUGUGUAUAACCCCAUCCCCAUCAGCACCAAGCAAGGGGCGCCUCUUUGGAAAGUCUGUCACCAGUAUCUGUAAGAAUGGUAUUCUACCUUCUUCAAUUUUGGAUAUGCUCUCUAUCAUCGAUGAAAAAGGACCACACGCAGAGAAUAUAUUCAGAACAUUAGCUAAUAAAUCAUACUUCACCUUAAAAGAAAAACUUAACUGUGCAGAGGAAAUGAACUUGAGAGAGGAAUCUGUUUAUGUUAUAGCGUCUGUCUUAAAGGAAUUUAUUAGAACUAUCCCAGGAAGCUUACUUUGUUCUAAUCUGUAUGGAAAGUGGCUUGCUGUCCUUGAUCAAGAACUCCAUGAUCAAAAGAUUUCUGCUAUCCAAAGUCUUUUAAUACAGAUGCCAGAACCAAGUGUCCUCCUUUUGAGACACCUUCUCAGUGUGCUGCACAAGAUUAAAGGUUGCUCUUGUAUUAACCACAUGACUGCUUAUGCUUUAUCAGUUCGCAUAGCUCCAAGUAUGCUUUGGCAUCCUACUUCCUCCAGCUCAGGGAUUGGGAACGAUAUCUCAAAAAAGAUUUCUCUUGUAGAAAUUUUCAUUGAGAACUUUCUGGAAAUAUUUGGAGAAGAUGCCACUGUGUUUUAUGGAGAGAUCCCAAGGAGUUGCAGUGACACAGAAAAAGUUUUAGGUUCCUCAAAUAAUGUUGCUGAGUCUAAUGAAACAAGGAAAGCAAGAGGUGACAGUAGAGGCAGCUGUCAUAGUGAAAAGAUGCAUCCCCAGAAAAAUGAUGAAAAGAGUCUAUCUGCUUCUUCCUAGGCAGAAGAUCUCACAGAAACACCUGCAGGAGGAGUGUAAGAAGCAGAAUGUGGAUUGACCAGAUAGCUUCUGGAUGGAGAAUGUUUCCUCUGCAACGGAAUACUUGAAUUCCCAGGACUACAUUGAAUUUAUCUUUCUCCUUCACUUUAUUAUUCCACUAAAAACCUAUUUUUUUAUAACCUGAUUUACCAGCAUUUGAAGGAAUUUGUUUGGAUUUUCUGCUUCUGUCCAGAAAUGAGAAUCCCGCCCAAAUAACAUGCCUCUAUCAACCAAUAGAGGCAUCCAGGGUGAUUCUCUUAGAUUGUGAACUUGAGUCUUAAGUGAGCACUUUUCAGGUCCCAGCUCAUUCCUUCUGAAUGUGCUAUGCCCCCUCCUACUUACCCAUACCUCUGAAAAGCUUAUUAAUGAACAGUACUUCUGUCUCCCCAUUUUAUCAUAUUGUAUUAUUUACAAAUGAUAAUCUUCACUUACAUUCAUUGUGUUUUAUGAUCUAGAGUAUGUAUAUUUUGUGAUAAUAAAUGCCAUCCAUAAUUUGA